AUGCACGACGGCCGCAAGAUUAAAGUCGGCGUCCUCGGUGCAACCGGCACCGUCGGCCAGCGUUUCGUUGUCCUCCUCGCAGACCACCCGUUCUUUGUCCUCCAUGCCCUCGGUGCGUCGCAGAGAUCAGCAGGGAAGACAUACGCCCUCGCAGUAACAUGGAAGCAAACGAGACCCAUCCCCGCCGUCGUACGAGAUGUGGCCGUACACGAGUGCAGCCCGGAGUUUUUCAGCGACUGUGAGGUUGUUUUCUCCGGUUUGGACGCCGAUGUCGCAGGCCCGAUCGGUGUGUUUCCCUGCCUCGCUCCCCUGUUCGCAGCUAAUGCGCCUCUAGAGGAACGUUUCCGGAGUGCAGAUUUCGCCGUGUUCUCAAACGCGAAGAACCACCGACGAGAUCCCAAUGUUCCCCUCAUAGUGCCGCUGGUCAACCCGAGGCACUUAUCCAUGGUGCACCAGCAGCGUGCUCUGCAUUCACCACCUCUGCAAAAGGGUUUCAUCGUCACCAAUGCCAAUUGCUCUACCACCGGCGUUGUUGUGCCCCUCGCCGCCCUUGAAAAGGCCUUUGGCCCCAUCGAGUCAUGCAUGGUCACCACGAUGCAGGCCAUCUCAGGCGCCGGCUACCCCGGGCUGCCCAGCAUGGACAUCAUCGACAAUGUCGUGCCGUACAUUAGCGGUGAGGAGGAGAAGAUGGAAUGGGAGACACUCAAAAUCCUCGGUGGGAUCACCGAGGGCGACGACGGCCGCAAGGAGUUCGACAUGCACGCGAAGCAGCCCCUCCGUGUCUCCGCAUCCUGCAAUCGCGUCCCCGUCAUCGAGGGCCACACCGAGUGCGUCUCGGUGCGCUUCGCGCGCAGGCCACCGCCGAGCCCGCAGCAGGUCCGCGAAGCCCUACUCGGCUUCACGUCUGAUGCCUGGACAUUGUCUUGUCCGUCCGCUCCGCGGCACACAAUCUUCGUGCACGAGGAGGCCGACAGGCCACAGCCGCGGCUGGAUCGCGACUACCAGGCGGGUGCCGGGGUGAGCGUUGGACGUGUCCGUCAAUGUAGGGUGCUGGACAUCAAGUUUGUCGUGCUCGCAAACAACGUCGCCAUUGGUGCAGCCACGAGCAGCGUUCUCAACGCUGAGCUUGCAGUCUGCAAAGGCCUUAUCUGA